AUGGCCACCACCGCCCGCGACCCCGCCCUCGUAUCGGCGCUAACUGCGCGCAACGCAACUUUUGCGACGCUCCUUUCUCUCAUUCCGCAGCAGUACUAUGUCGGUCCGAGCGAGGAACAGCUCGACAGCCGCUGGAUGAAGAACAAGAAGCGCAAGACGGGCGAUGAGAUCAAGGAGCACAAGCGUCGGGCGAAGCAGGAGAAGCUCGACCCCUCGAACCUCACUACAGCUGUCGACGAUGUCUCCAUUGAGGCUGAGGAGGACGUCCCUGCUGUCGCCUCCCUCCCAGCCCCUCUUCCACCUGCUGCAUCGAUUGGCGACCUCCGUGAGCGCAUGCGUGCCAAGCUCGACAGGUUUAAGCGGAACCGCGGGUUCGAGGAUCCGCAGAGUCGCGAUGCGCUCGAGGCAGCGGCGAGGCAGAGGCGUGGAGAGAUGCGUGACAAGCGGCGUAAGGAGAGAAAGGAGGCGAUUAAGCGGCAGCGGGAGGAGGUUAAUGCCAAGCCGGCCAAGACCCAACUGAUUGUCCCCGAGACCCGCCGGGCCGUGGACGACGUAAUCCUACCCUCGGUCGCCCUCCCCUCGUCCAAAACCACAAAGGUGCCACUCAAGAAGCUCGCCAACCCGUCUCAAGCCCUUGCCCAUCUUGAGAAACACAACUCGAAGAUCUCCCAACUCCCCGAGGACAAGCGCAAGGCUGCGCUUGAGCGCGAUCUGUGGGCCAAGGCUGAGGCCCGGGCUGCCGGAACCAAGAUUGCCGACGAGGAAAAGGUCCUCAAGAAGGCCGUAAAGCGCGAGGAGAAACGGAAGGCCAAGUCGGGCAAGGCGUGGAGUGAGCGCAAGGUCCAACUUGAGCGUUCCGAGGCGGCCAAGAUCGCAAAGAGGAACGACAACCUCGCAAGUAGGGCUGAGGGAAAGCGGAAUAAGCGGAUGGGCAUCAAGCCUAAGGAGAAGGAGAAGGGCAAGGGCAAGGGGACGCCUGGGUUUGGUGGUAAGAAGGGUGGCAAGGGUGACAAGGAGGGCAAGGAGUGGAAGGAGGGCGGCAAGGGCAAGGGCAAGGGCAAGGGAGGGAUGGAUAAGAAGGCGCGGGCUGGGGCCAAGGCAUAG